AUGUCAUUUUCCUAUCUCUCUCUCUUAUUAUUUUCUUCUACACUCUUUCUGAGAGUUGAAUCAUGGUACUCUCCAAUUAUACCAAUCUCAUCUCUAAUAAGUAAAAGCCUUUUUGAUUCAAUUUUCCUUCACAAAGAUGACACUGCAUGUCCUGCAAAAAACUUCUACCCUUACCAAUCCUUCAUUGAAGCCUCCAAAUCUUUUCCCGAAUUCGGUACUACAGGAUGUUUAGCCACAAGAAAACGCGAGAUAGCAGCUUUUCUUGCUCAGAUUUCUCAUGAAACUACUGGUGGAUGGUCCACUGCACCUGAUGGCCCAUUCUCUUGGGGAUUAUGCUUCAAAGAAGAAAUUAGUCCUCAAAGUAUUUACUGUGAUUCUACUGAUAAAGAUUGGCCUUGUUUUGAAGGCAAAAGCUAUAAAGGAAGAGGUCCUAUACAACUUUCUUGGAAUUUCAACUAUGGACCUGCUGGGAAGGCAUUGGGAUUCGAUGGGCUGAAAAAUCCAGAAAUUGUAUCAAACAAUUCAGUGAUUGCUUUCAAAACUGCUCUAUGGUUUUGGAUGACAGAGAGAAAACCAACACCUUCAUGCCACAAUGUGAUGGUUGGAAAAUAUGUAGCAACAGAAGCUGACAUAGCUGCUAAUAGAACAGCGGGUUAUGGUUUGGUCACAAACAUAAUCAAUGGUGGAUUGGAGUGUGGAAUUCCUGGUGAUGCAAGAGUCAAUGAUCGAAUUGGGUUUUUUCAAAGAUAUUCUAAGUUGUUUAAUGUUGACACUGGACCUAACUUGAAUUGUGCAUAUCAGAAAUCCUUAUAA